CUUUUUUUGGUCCAAUAAAAAAAACCGCCAUGGAAUCCAAAGGAGCAGCUCAAUGGAGCUCAAUUAUAGUACCUUCUGUUCAAGAGAUGGUUAAGGAGAAGAUGGUCACGACAGUUCCUUCCAGGUAUGUUCGGCCUGAUCAAGACAAGACUGAAGUCACCGAUGGUUCUGGUCUAAAUACCGAGAUCCCAAUCAUUGACAUGAAGCGGUUAUGUUCUUCAACCACCAUGGACUCUGAGGGUGAGAAACUCGACUUUGCUUGCAAAAACUGGGGUUUUUUUCAGCUUGUAAAUCACGGAAUAGACCCAAGUUUCUUAGACAAAGUAAAGUUGGAGAUUCAAGGCUUCUUCAAUCUUCCCAUGGAAGAAAAGAAGAAGUUAUGGCAAAAACCAAAUGAAAUAGAAGGUUUCGGACAAGCUUUUGUGGUUUCAGAAGAUCAGAAGCUCGAUUGGGCAGAUAUGUUCUACCAUAUAGUGCAACCUAUUCAAGCGCGCAAACCUCACUUGUUCCCCAAGCUACCUCUUCCUUUUAGAGACACUCUAGAGAGGUAUUCUACUGAAGUGCAGAGCGUAGCUAAGAUCUUAAUAGCAAAAAUGGCGAGCGCCCUAGAGAUCAAACCAGAGGAAAUGUUAAAGUUGUUUGAUGAUGUUGAUUCGGUUCAAAUGAUGAGGAUGAACUACUACCCACCCUGUCCACAACCCGAUAAGGUUAUCGGUCUAUCUCCCCAUUCAGAUUCGGUUGGACUCACCAUACUGUUGCAGGUUAAUGAAGUUGAAGGUCUCCAAAUCAAGAAAGAUGGGAAAUGGGUUCCUGUUAAACCUCUCCCAAAUGCUUUCAUUGUCAACGUUGGAGACGUCAUAGAGAUCAUAACAAAUGGAACAUAUCGAAGCAUCGAGCAUCGAGGAGUUGUGAAUUCAGAGAAAGAGAGGCUAUCUAUUGCGACGUUUCACAACCCGGGAAUGUAUAAAGAAGUUGGUCCAGCUAAGAGCCUUGUUGAAAGGCAGAAGGUUAGAAAAUUCAAAAGUCUGACCAUGAAGGAGUAUAUGGAUGGCUUGUUCUCUCGUACACUUGAUGGAAAAGCUUAUCUCGAUGCUUUGAAAAUAUAAUGAAAGUAAUGCCUUGCGUCCUAAGAAACUAUGUCAUUUUCUUGAUUGCUGAAAUAAACAAAUCUUAUAUGAACUGAUAAUUAGAAUGCUUCUAAGUAUUGCU